AUGAUUUAUCAGUCAAGAUUUAUCAGUCAAGAUUUAUUAGUCAAGAUUUAUCAGUCAAGAUUUAUCAGUCAAGAUUUAUCAGUCAAGAUUUAUCAGUCAAGAUUUAUCAGUCAAGAUUUAUCAGUCAAGAUUUAUCAAUCAAGAUUUAUCAGUCAAGAUUUAUCAGUUAAGAUUUAUCAAUCAAGAUUUAUCAGUCAAGAUUUAUCAGUCAAGAUUUAUCAGUCAAGAUUUAUCAGUCAAGAUUUAUCAGUCAAGAUUUAUCAGUCAAGAUUUAUCAGUCAAGAUUUAUCAGUCAAGAUUUAUCAGUCAAGAUUUAUCAGUAAAGAUUUAUCAGUCAAGAUUUAUCAGUCAAGAUUUAUCAGUCAAGAUUUAUCAGUCAAGAUUUAUCAGUCAAGAUUUAUCAGUCAAGAUUUAUCAGUCAAGAUUUAUCAGUCAAGAUUUAUCAGUCAAGAUUUAUCAGUCAAGAUUUAUCUGUCAAGAUUUAUCAGUCAAGAUUUAUCAGUCAAGAUUUAUCAGUCAAGAUUUAUCAGUCAAGAUUUAUCAGUCAAGAUUUAUCAGUCAAGAUUUAUCAGUCAAGAUUUAUCAGUCAAGAUUUAUCAGUCAAGAUUUAUCAAUCAAGAUUUAUCAGUCAAGAUUUAUCAGUCAAGAUUUAUCAAUCAAGAUUUAUCAGUCAAGAUUUAUCAGUCAAGAUUUAUCAGUCAAGAUUUAUCAGUCAAGAUUUAUCAGUCAAGAUUUAUCAGUCAAGAUUUAUCAGUCAAGAUUUAUCAGUAA